GAGAAAGAAUGACGGUGCGGGGUUUUUUUUCACAAAACAGACUCGGCAAGCUACGGAGGCUGCGGGAGGGUUCAUCUGCAUAUUUACGACGGCCGUUGGAUGAGAGACGGACGACCAGGUUUCGUUUUGUGCACGGCGUGGCCCUUGUGCACUGGAUACUAUCCCUCUCCGAGCUGGGGCGGCACCUGCUCGACGUCGCCUGCUUCCUGCACCUGCUCCUCAACCCGGCCCACAACGACUCCCCGCCGCCCACCCCCACGGGCCGCCGCCGCGCGCGCCGCUCCCCGCACCCCGCCGCGCCGCGGUCCCCGUCGCUCCUCGCGGGCAUCCUCUCCGACCUCGCCGAGAUCGGCGGCUCCCUCCGCGUUGGCUUCUCCUGCGCCGCGGCGCCCGACCGCCACGCCUCCGCCGUGCUCGAGUCACAGCCAGCCGCCGCGUCCCCGCCAGCUUCCCCGCCUCCUCUUGUCGCCGCCGCCGCCAAGGAAAUUGCAGAUGAUGUCGUGGGAGCAGCGCGUGCCCUCGCCGUGCAUCUCGAAGCGUGGAUCGACUUCACCGUGCUCGCCCUAGAUGACAGAGCUCGACGAAGACAACACCCGAUCUGUCAAGGAGGCAGCAACCUCUAAGAGUAACAAGCCGAUGAUGCUUGCUCGAUGUAUCACCUAGUGCCUCAAGGGUCACCAAAUGAUGCAAAUACACUCAAAGCUUUCAAUCUUUCACUAGAAUGCAAUCCCAAGCAAAAGUGUGAGAGAAUGAGUUAGAGGAUCACAAAUGAGCUUAAUGUAUGCUGGGAAUAGCCAAGAGAGUCUCACACACGAGCUCCACUUCUAUU